UUGUAUUGUAUCAUAAGAGAAAGUAACUCUCCAUGUAUAUGAUAUAUAUGUUGCAGGACUCAGGAGGAGAGAGUUAUCAGUUGGUUAGGAUUCAUUUUUGGAAAUAGGCAUAUGGAAGUCUCAGGCCUGGGCUGCUUCUCCUCGGCUGCAACGCCAUCUUUGUGUGGGGCGGUGGAUUCAGGCGGAGUAUCCUCUUUGAGACCGAGGAAGGCAUUCCAUAGGGUUUCUGAUUCUUGUUUAGGGUUUAGAGAUAAUGGACAUCUGCAGUAUUAUUGUCAAGGAGGAUUUGUCAGGUGCGGAGGAGGGAACAAGAAAUCUAUCAAGAAAAAGUUGAAAUUAGUGAAGUCCUUGUCUGAGGACUUUUCCAUGUUUCCUCAUAACAAUGCUUUGCUCCAUCAACCUCAAUCCAUCUCCCUCCAGGAAGCUGCACAAGGAUUAAUGAAACAGCUCCAAGAAUUGCGAGCAAAGGAGAAGGAAUUAAAGAGGCAGAAGAAACAAGAGAAAAAAGCCAAGCUAAAAUCUGAAUCAUCCUCAUCCUCAUCCUCUGAAUCCAGUAGUGAUAGCGAACGUGGGGAGGUUAUUCACAUGAGCCGCUUCAGAGAUGAAACUAUUCCUGCCGCACUACCUCAAUUGCACCCACUUACUCAUCACCACCCAACUUCCACCCUACCAGUCUCCCCAACCCAAGAAUGCAACCCGAUGGAUUACACUUCAACACAUCAUGAAAAACGAUGCUGCGUUGGACCAAGCACCGGUGCCGAUAACGCAGUCGGUGACUGUUGCAAUGAUAGGAAUAGCUCGAUGACAGAGGAAUUGUCAGCAAACAGAAUUGAGGUGUGCAUGGGUAAUAAGUGCAAGAAGUCGGGAGGUGCAGCGUUAUUGGAGGAAUUUCAGAGGGUUUUGGGUGUAGAGGCUGCAGUUGUUGGGUGCAAGUGCAUGGGGAACUGCAGGGACGGUCCUAAUGUAAGGGUCAGGAAUUCUGUCCAAGACAGAAACACAGAUGACUCUGUUCGAACCCCCUCCAAUCCUCUCUGCAUUGGUGUUGGUUUGGAGGAUGUGGAUGUUAUUGUGGCCAAUUUCUUUGGGUUGGGUCUGGCCCCUGCAUCUUAAGAGUCUCUCCAUUGGAAUGGUUUCCUUAGGUCUGAUUUGUAUUCUGUUGUCUAUUUUCGUUGGUGGAGGCAAUCCUCUCCUCUCCUUGUACAACUCUGGAUGUAUAUACUCGCAAUCUGAAUGGCGGUUUUAGUAUAAUUGCUUGACGUGAUUUUGCA